CAACAUCGUACGCACGUACGUACGUCCAACCCGACCAGCGAUGAAUAUUUCAAAAUUCAACACAAGAGCCAUAUUUUCAUAUGAAAUUUAGCGAAAGUAUUAUCCUCUUCGGUAUAUGUGUAUAGUUGAGCUAUACUUUAACGGAGAUAUUGAUAUCGCUUGAUCGAAGUGAAUUUUCCCGUUGUUCCAUGAUGUCGAGGUCUACAUUUGGAUUCUUGUAUGUUGUAACCUAACUAGUGGCGUUUGCCGGUGACAAACAUCGGCUGUAAAGUUUCUAAUGGCGCAGGUCUUACGACAUGGAAUAAGGACUAAUUUUGCGGUGAUUUCACUCUUGGUUGUAUCUACUGCUGAAAUUUGCGAGAAAAUAACCGAAGGAUUGCUCAAAAGUACAUCUGCACAAAAAUACCGCGUACUCGUACACAGGUGUGAAUCUAUCGAUGAAAUUAUCACCAAAUGGAACAGUCUUCACGUCGAUUUUAUUGUCUUUGCAUUUGACUCCAGAAUCUCACUAUCCUUGAUCGAGGUGGAGAAGAAUAUCUUUUUAGUUGAUCAGAGUUUUAUACUGUAUGGCCAAAGUUGUUUGGUCCAUGCCAAUAAUGUUUCUACACAUGCUAUGGGGAUAAAUACGGAUAAGAUUUUGGAAUUAAGUUACAAGUACAACCUCCGACUUUUAAGUGCGAAUGUUUUUGUCCCUGAAGAUUGUCUCUAUUUGGGCGAAAGGAUUAUAACUCUGGCUUCUGCUGUUUUGGGUCAAAAAAGUGGAUAUCCUUUGCUAAACUCGCUGAAUCAAUAUCGAGGACUUAUUGAAGCGGAUGAGUCUGUGCAAUAAAUGAGCAAUCAAGG